AUACAAGACCUAAAAUUAACAUAAUCCAAAAUAUCAUACUUGAAAUUUAUCGAGGUUAUAUUUUCCUUAAAUCAAAUCCAAGAAAAAAAAUAAAGCAAAAAAAUCAAUUAGGAAGAAACAAAGAAAAAAAAACUCAUUAAAGAAACCCAUCUAUGAUCUAUCCCCAACUACCUUUGGUAGGUUGAUCUUCCUAUCAGACUCAUUCUGCCACAAUUAUUAUCAGAAAAUCUGCUCUGCUCUCCCAUCUUUUAAAAUACCCAAAAUUCAUUCCAGUAAAACGGAAAAACCCAAAAAGACGAGGAAAAGGAAAAAAAAUGGUGCACCCAAUUGCAGAAGCCAACGAGAAGAGUCCUUUUGGUUCGCUUUCUCCAGCCGAGUUCUAUGCAAAGCACUCAGUGAGUCAUACAUCCGAAUACAUCACUAACUCGCGAGGCAUGAAGCUCUUCACUCAGUGGUGGAUCCCACUGGAAGCCAAGAAAAUUGGAGUUAUCUGUGUCGUGCACGGUUACACAGGCGAAUCGAGCUGGACCGUGCAACUCACCUCCAUCUAUUUCGCCAAAGCAGGAUUCGUGGUAUGCGCAAUAGAUCAUCAAGGACACGGAUAUUCCGACGCGCUUGAUGGCUAUGUAGCACAUAUUCCUGAUAUCAAUCCUGUGGUAGAUGACUGCAUUUCGUUCUUUGAUUCGUUUUGUGAGACGCACGCGCCGGAUUUGCCAUCGUUUUUGUACUCAGAAUCGCUUGGCGGAGCAAUAGCGCUGCUUAUCACGCUGAGGAAAAAGCGCGUGGAGGAAGGUAAAUGGUUUGAUGGGUUGGUGUUGAAUGGAGCAAUGUGUGGCAUUAGUCCAAAAUUUAAGCCACCUUGGCCUUUGGAACACCUGCUUGGACUUGCUGCUUGGGCAUUGCCUACUUGGCGCGUGGUUCCUACGCGUGGGUCUAUUCCUAAUGUUUCCUUCAAGGAGGAAUGGAAGCGUAAGCUAGCAAUCUCGAGCCCAAAGAGAUACAUGGGAAAACCACGCGCAGCCACAGCGCAUGAGCUAAUGAGGAUAUGUAGGGAGGUUCAAGGGAGGUUUGAGGAGGUUGACAUCCCAUUGAUGAUAGUUCACGGCAGCGAUGACGUGGUGUGUGACCCAGCGUGUGUGGAGGAGUUGUAUCAACGCGCAACCAGCAAGGAUAAGACUCUCAAGAUAUAUCCGGGUAUGUGGCAUCAGCUAGUUGGUGAGCCACAAGAAAAUGUAGAGCUUGUCUUUGGUGAUAUUUUGGAUUGGCUCAAAUCUAGAUCUUUAGAGUGUACUAAGUGACUAUCAAAUCCUUUUAUGUUGAGGUGAAUUGAUGCAUUAAGUAUUGUUCUAAAUAGUGUACUACUUCAACUUGGAAUUGUUAUAUAGAGUACUUAAAUGCAUAAUGUCUGAGUUAUGAACCCUUGCCUUUUAUUAUCAGAACUUGAUGUUCCUUCAAUAAAAUGGACUCUUAAUUGCAUCCUCCACUCUUUUUAUUGGGGGAAAUGUGCUUGUAAACUAGAUUUACCAAAAUUAAUCCCACCAAGAUGGCACAACCAAACUUAAUUUGUACACCCUUAUGUUAACUAAGUAAACCUACUCGAUUUCACAAAAAAAGAAAAAAAUAUCAAUGGCUUUUCCACUUUGUUGGUGAAGACCUUAUGAAAUUUGAGAUUAUAGGGUGUUUGGUUUGACAGAAAACAUUUUUCUUAUUUUUGUUUCAGUUUUACAAUUAGGGAUUUAAAAUAAAAUGUAAGAUGAAAAGUAGAGUUUUUUUUUUUUAAUCAAUUACUCUCCGCUCCUAAUCCCACAUUUGUAUUAUCCAAUGAACCAAACAAAAAAAUAAAAUUAUCAUUUGCAUAGUUCAAUAAAACGUAAUUUUCAGAAGAAAAGGAAUUCUUUUUCACAAAAAAUAUUUUCUUUCAAAACAAACAAUCCUUUAGGAUUUAAGAGUAUUUUUUUAACUUUUUCUGUAUUCAAGAAAUGGCUGCCAUAUGAAUUCCCCCAGUCCCCACCAUCUAAAAAAGCUUAUACUAUCAAUAGCCACUUAUAAGCAGCUGAUUAGAUAUGCUUAAGCUUAAAACUAUUAUUCUCUCUUUUCCUUCAUAAACCUCGAAAAGAAAAGGAUUAGUCAACAAAGGUUCCCAACUAAUAAAACGAGCCAAACAAGGAAAAAGCCUUACUUUUUCCAGUUUUCCUUCUCUGUGUCCUUCCCUUUUUCUAUAGAGAAUCCUUUUCCUACUAACUCAGUUUGAAAUUGAAUGGACAAAAAUAAAGGAACUACACUAAAUCUAAAUCAUCUAUAGGAGUAUAGUAUAGCUUUGGGAAUGAAAUUUAUUGUUCAUACCCGUCCACCUAUCAUUCUAACCUACCCCUUCAAUCCAAAAAGGAGUGUCUUUAGUUUCCCUUGGUGGACACUAUUGUUAAAUGUAGCAAAAUCAAAAGACGAUGUGACACAUAGGAUACACGUGGUCAGUGGUGGACACUAUUGUUAAAUGUAUGAAAGCUCUCUACAACUAUAUGCCCAACUAAUUUAUUUCUCCACACGCCAUUUUAAAAAGAAAGUCCUAUCGCAACAAUAAGUUAAGUGUCACAUUCUUCUUAAGUUAUCUUCUUUUGAUUUUGAUAAAUUGUGCAAAUCAAAAUAAGAUUUUAAGUUGUACUAUGCUGAAUUCAAAGGACGGAGGAAGUAAAUUAUGAGGUAAGACUAUCUUUUCAAUGGGUAAAAAAAACCAAUUUCACUCCAUGGGUAUGUAAUGUUACCCAUGGGUGAAUGUCAAUUGUCAAGUCUACAUAAAAUACAGGAGCUACAUUAACAUAUAAAGACCAUGCAGUGCUGAUUGGCAAUUAGUUUUGUAUAAAGUUAGUCCACACUAUUUUAAUUUGCGUCAACUUAGAAAUAACAAAUAGUUCCAAUGAUGUACUUAUCAAGUAGAAAAACAUAAAACAUACUCUAUUUUUGUAUUUUUUAAGGUUAGUGCACAUUAAAAUAGUAUAUAUCAAAUCUAUACAAGAUUUUCUUUGGUGAUUGAGAGUUCAAAAUCAAAGUAAAAUAGUUUUAUCCAUUCCAAUCAGAAAUUCAGAAUGCACACAGUUGAGAGUUGACAGUACUAUGUGGAUUGUGGACGGAUUGGAAUUGAGAAAAACAGGAUUGAAAGAAAUAAUUAGAUUACUAUACAAAAGUGAUGUCCUAAUGUUUACAGUUAAUGAACUGUGCAAGUGCAAUAUUAACACAAUCAUAGGCCAGUAUAUAAAAGACAACCUAAAAAGCAAUGCGUCAUAUAUAGGAGAAAGAAGGAGCCUCACUUCAGGAAACAAAGCUGACAUCUCUACUCUCCAAGCUAUACCCUUGUCUUCUCUGUUUCUUUCAUGCUUUAAUUACUCUAUGUUUAUUUCUAAACUAAUCCACUAACCAAUUUACAUUUAAAUAAUGGAAUUGGAUUAUAGCAAAGAUCUAAUUUGGACUUUUUUUUCAAAUUUUUUUAUUUAAAUGGUGUUUUAUCUUUUUAAAAAUUUAUACAGUU